ACUCGUUCUUUUCUUUUUUAACAAUCAUUAAAAUAAAAUAGGGUCCUUAACCAGCUCACAUACACAUAAUUCCACUCUCAACAAUGAAUAUUAUAGCAUUUGACAACCUACCAAAAAACAACCUUAAAAUGACGUAUGAUUUUAAGAUCCGAUCCUAGAAAAGCUUCUUCAUUUGGGAAAGUACAGUAAAAUCAAAAUCAAACAGAUCCAUUCCCGUUUCUGAUUCUAAACAAAACUUGGAGUUUUUUCGAAAGAGAAAUAUGUCAAUGGCUGCGUUUAUUAAGCUGGAAGAUUCUCCUAUGUUCCAGAAACAAGUGCGGUCUGUUGAACAGAAUACGGAUGAGCUCAGAGAUCGAUGUCAAAAGCUAUACAAAGGCUGUAAGAAGUACAUGGAAGUUCUUGGAGAAGCGCACAAUGGGGAUAUCAUCUUUGCCGAAUCAUUAGAGGCAUUUGGUGGUGGUCUAGAUGACCCUCUCAGUGUGUCCCUAGGAGGUCCAAUCAUAACGAAGUUCAUCACUGCGUUGCGUGAGCUUGCUACAUACAAGGAACUUAUCCGAUCUCAAGUAGAACAUGUGCUCGUGGAUCGUGUGAGCCAAUUUUUGUCUGUUGAUUUGCAGGAUGUAAAGGAAUCUCGUCGCCGGUUUGAUAAAGCUGCAUCCACUUAUGACCAGACACGUGAAAGGUUUGCUUCUCUGAAGAAGAAUGCACGGGAUGAAGUUGUUGCUGAAAUAGAAGAAGACCUACAUAACUCGAAGUCCACUUUUGAGAGAAGCCGUUUCAAUCUAGUAAAUGCUCUCACGAAUGUUGAAGCGAAAAAGAAGUACGAGUUCUUAGAAUCCUUUAGUGCUAUUAUGGAUGCACAUCUGAGAUACUUCAAGCUGGGUUAUGACUUAUUAAGCCAAAUGGAGCCGUUCAUCCAUCAGGUACCCCAUUAUAUAAGUUACUUUUUCCUUAUAUUAUGAUAGAGGACAUUGACUGGGAAGAUCACAUC